CGCAGAGCGGUUUGACACCAACCGCCAGAAGAACAGGCUGUCCCACCGGCUCCGGUUUAAUCAGAAGGUCGUUCUCUGCGGGGCGGUGUUUAACAACCGAAACCAAAAGAAACACCUUUAUAAUUCAACUUUAUAGUGUACUACAUGUCCAAACGCGGAGGGAUGUGAACGUUGCCGGUAAAAAAGGGGACAGACGAAGCGCGGCGGAAGGUUGCGUUUAGUCGGGACUCGUUAUGAAACAAUGCUAACGGCGAGCUAACAUUAGCACCGUAACGGCUCUGAAAGCGGCGCCGAGUUACGGUAAUCAGUAAUAACAUGCUAGUUAUUCUGGUCGGUCGGGAUUAGUGACUAACGUUGGAAAUAUUACACCGGAAGAACUAGGGUGUUUGGACCAGAACCCGGUCUCAGAGGUUUUCAAACCCCGGACUCAGCUGAUCACGCCCCGGGUCUCGAGUCCUCAGAACCCCGGCCUUAGCAGCUCCUCCACCGGUUGGUUUGAUGGCAGCCUCGGCCGGAGCCCGGAGGUUCCCCAUGGGUGUGCGGACCUUCAGUGACUUCCUGCAGAUCGCCUCGGUGGGCUCCCCCCGCUCGGUGCUCUCAGCGGGGGGGCCAAGAGGACAGAGCCUCCGAAAGAGCAUCAGACACCUGUCGUCAUGCGGCAUUCUGAUGACCAGAACUCCCCGAGUGCUUUGCCUUCAAGACCGCGACACAAUGACGGCGGUUCCCCAGAGCAGAAACUUCAUCAGCUUCACCAACAAGAGGAAGGAGUACUCCGAGCGCCGGAUACUCGGGUUCUCGAUGCAGGAGAUGUACGAUGUGGUGGCGAACGUGGACGAGUACAAGCACUUUGUUCCGUGGUGUAAGAAGUCCACCGUCAUCAUGAAGAGAGCCGGUCACGCUAAGGCUCAGCUGGAGGUGGGCUUCCCCCCCGUGGUGGAGCGCUACACCUCCAUGAUCACCAACGUCAGACCGCACCUGGUCAAGGCGGUGUGCACGGACGGAAAGCUGUUCAAUCAUCUGGAGACGAUAUGGCGCUUCAGUCCUGGCAUCCCCGGCUACCCCCGAACCUGUACCGUAGACUUUUCAAUUUCCUUCGAGUUCCGCUCGCUGCUGCACUCUCAGCUGGCCACCAUGUUCUUCGACGAGGUGGUGAAGCAGAACGUGGCGGCGUUCGAGCGUCGGGCGGGGAAAAUGUACGGCCCCGAGACCCGGAUCCCUCGAGAGCUGAUGUUCCACGAGGUCCACCAGACGUGAUCCAUCAGGCCUUAACCCGCGCUGACCUUUAACCCCCCAACCGCCACCUCCUGCAUGAUGCUGCUUUAGAACAUUUACAUCCAACUCCUGAACCCACCCCCGCCUCAUUAAAAUAUUCUGUUAAAGGGUCUCUUCUGGAUCGACUGCUGUCUGUGUCUGAAGGGGACGGCUUUUAGAAAUGUGUCCGAUCCUGAGAGAGCGCUGCAGCUGGCUUUAUAAUCUGAGCAUGUCGGGGGGGGGGGCGGGGCACACUCGCGCUCCUAUUGGCUUGCUCGCCAACGCAUUGCUCUUUUUGAUUCAGGAGACGUUUUUAAAACCGUCCCCCCGUCCCAGAAUAAAAGAAGGACCCUCUGACUCCGUCUCUACCUCCACUGAAGGACUCCGCCGCGGCUCCCGCUGUGUUUGUUCACCAACAGUCAAUCAGUGCAUCGUCUCGUGAGCGGCGGCGGAGACUCGCCCCUUAUUUUGAACUCUGAACAGAAAGCACCUUUUAAAAUGUUUAAUUUGAUCUUACCCUGUGGUCUCCGGCCGGGCUGCCCCUAAACAUCACUUAUAGGUCAUCGAUAGUGGGGGAAACGUGAGAAAAUAUUAAGAAGUGCCUGCUUCAACUGUCCGAAUGUCCCCCAAAUAAGACCUCAGAAAGGAUCCAACCAGCAGAGAGGUUAUUCCCCACACUGAAGGGUUUCCAGUGGUUUCUGCUGCUUGAAAUCUGCCUUUAAUUUAAAUAUUCACAUUUAUAAUUAGAAAUGUAAAAGUGUUACACAUAUUUGAGUUCAUCUGGUGCAAAAACAAUAUCUCAUUUCAUCCUUUUUAAUUUAUUUAUCGGCAGUAAUUUGCAUAUUUUGACAGUUUUAUCGAGUUUCAAUUAUACUUAGAAGAAGGGAAAUAUUAUUUCUGAAUAAGUUGAAUGUAUAUUAUCUUGGUUUCUUCUUGUUGCUGUGUCGAAUUUAGUUUUUGGUCUCUGAGUUUUAAUAAGGCUUUAUUUUACAGCCCAGCACACAGACACUUUAAACAGCUGCAUUCAAUAAGAGGGAUAUUAAGAACCAACUGUGAUUGAAGUUCUGCUUGUUUGGCGAUAAACACUCAGUCUGAUGUUUGAGUAAAAUAAUGGGAAAGGGAAAUGGUUACAGAUAAAUGCAUAUUUGCUGAAAAUCCUGGACAUUUUGUAGUUAACCCAAACAUAACAGGUUCUACUUUUAUCAGAGUUUUCCAUCUGCUCUGUUUGUCUGAUAUAAAAUAAAGUGCUGGGCUGUAGAAUAAACCUAAACCAUGUCUGGUUUCCUGUUUCUUUUCUGGUGUUUCAUUCUAUUUACAGACUUUAGGAGACAUGUAUCUACAGAGGCAGAAGUGUUGCAUUCAUUGGGAAUACAUAUUUAUUUUCCUUGUAAUCCUUCAUCCAUAAAGAUCGCAAUCUGACAUUUUUAGAAAUGUGAAAUGUUCCACGCCGUUCGUAACGCCUCGUACUGAAAUACAUUCGUAUUUAAAAUUCUCCAAACUGGUGAGCGUUAUUUAAGGAUUGUUAUUGCACGAGGAAUGUUGAUUGAAUCCCACUUAAUUGAUAUUUAGAUUUGAAUACGCAUGUCAUUCAUAUUCCCUGAAGUGUUGCAUCCUGUUACAAAAUCCCCUUCAUUCGUUUGCUUUACUUUAUCAUAGGUGCCAAUUUUCUGUAUUAUUUGAGCCUAAAUAUUGAGAGUAUUAUAUUCCCACAGCUGUCUGUAUUAAAGAUGGGACACGGUCUGUCUGCAGAGGAGGUUUAAUAUCUCCAUUCAGGUUUCCUUGUAUCUUUGUAAAUACUGUGUUCAGAGGUGAGUUAUUGAAAUAAAAACGGAGCAGUUUAUUUCUGUGCUCUUUUCAACCCAACACAAAGCUCUGAAUGCUGUUCUUUAAAAUGGAAUACAUAUUAUUUUCACCUUUCCCUCGGUACACAAUUACAUACAAAUAAAUAUACUUAUUUUCACCUUAA